GUGGCCGUGAAGCACGUGGUGAAGGAGCGGGUGACGGAGUGGGGCAGCCUCGGCGGCGUGGCCGUGCCCCUGGAGGUGGUGCUGCUGCGCAAAGUGGGCGCGGCGGGCCGCUGGCGCGGCGCUUCUUCGCGCAGGUGCUGGCCGCUGUGCGCCACUGCCACGGCUGCGGGGUGGUGCACCGCGACAUCAAAGACGAGAACCUGCUGGUGGACCUGCGCUCGGGCGAGCUCAAGCUCAUCGACUUCGGCUCGGGCGCGCUGCUGAAGGACACGGUCUACACCGACUUCGACGGAACCCGGGUGUACAGCCCCCCAGAGUGGAUCCGCUACCACCGCUACCACGGACGCUCGGCCACCGUGUGGUCCCUCGGUGUGCUGCUCUACGACAUGGUGUGUGGGGACAUCCCCUUCGAGCAGGAUGAGGAGAUCCUCCGUGGUCGCCUGUUCUUCCGGAGAAGGGUCUCUCCAGAGUGCCAGCAGCUCAUCCAGUGGUGUCUGUCCCUGCGGCCUUCGGAGCGGCCCUCACUGGACCAGAUUGCAGCCCACCCCUGGAUGCUGGGAGCUGACCCAGCUGCCCCUGAAAAGUGUGCCCUACGGCUCUGUGCCCUGGACGCUGACGAGGAGGCCAGCACCACCUCUAGCAGCGAGAGUUUGUGAGGAGGGGUGGCGCCUGGCUCAUGGGAACCAAGGUCCCCUGUGCCCACAGAUGUCCUCUCCUGCCUGGGCCGUCUCUUGCAAAAGCAGCGACCUCUGGCCCUGGUGACCUGCACCCUGGCACCGGGCCGUUUCCUUUGCUUUGAGUGCCUUUUUGAACGCUGCUCCCAUGGGGUUUGGUUUCCUCAAGCUCUCGUCUGUCUGAAGACAGCCCAGGGGAUACGCUGUCCUGCCUGCCCUGGGUAGGCCUGCGAUGAGGCAUCCCUCUGUGCUGCUCCACCCUCCUGACAAGUCCGACCUGGAGCCUUCACCACUGGGCACUGGGCACAGGCCUGUGGCCCCCGCCCCUCCAGGGUCGCUUGGCUGUCCGUGCACAAGCAAUGCAGCGUGCGGGCCCUGCUGCCCGCUGCCUGCACGCGAGCCGUCUGCGUGCCAAUGUUAUUUAUGGUGUGAUCCCCGGGAGGGCGCCCCCGGCCCACGGGGCUAUUUAUUUAAUUUAUUUGUUGCGGUUACUUCCCCCAGCAGCCCUGUCUCCAGGCGCCUGGGGAUGGUGGGGAGGGGAGGGGGUGGCUGUGGUCCCUGGACCCCAGGCCCUGUUCCCGUGCCUGUUGCAGGUCCCCAGGCCACCCGCAUCUGGGAAGACAAACUUGUACAGUGGCUAAUUUAGGGGAGUGGGUGAGCCUGCACCUUGCGCUCUGCGCUCAGGGGUGGGUUUAAAUUAUUGGCUUUGUACAGUCUGCUUGUGGCUCUGGAGCUGGGGGGUGGGGCAGAGUCUCAAGCCUUUAAUUUAUUUUAGCUUUUCCUGUGAUCCUGGUGUGUGUAGGCAUCAGGGAUGGGGGUUCUUUCAGUUCAAAGUAUGAGAUGUCUGGAGAUCAUAUUUUUUUAUACAGGUAUUUCAAUUAAAUUCUUUUGUAUGUAACAGA